AUGGGAGAAAAGGUUACCUUAUUGAUAAUAUAUGUGGAUGAUAUGGUAGUCACAGGUAAUGAUACAGAAGAGAUGGAGAGACUACAUGUGUAUCUUUCUACGGAGUUUGAGAUGAAAGAUUUAGGAGGUUUGAAAUACUUCUUGGGAAUUGAAGUUGCUCGUUCCCGUGAUAGUAUUUAUCUAUCUCAACGAAAGUAUGUUCUGGAUCUUUUGUCUAAGACAGAGAUGUUGGCAUGUAAACCGGCAGAAACACCUAUAGUUCAAAAUCAUCAUUUGGCGAUAUACCCGGACCAAGUCCCAGCAAACAGGGAAAGAUACCAGAAGUUAGUAGGAAGGUUGAUUUACUUGUCUCUCACGAAACCAUAUAUUGCAUAUGAUGUUAGUGUAGUAAGUCAAUUUAUGCACUCUCCUAGUAAGGACCACAUGGCUGCAGUAAUGCGAAUAUUGAGUUAUUUGAAAGGAGCACUUGGAAAAGGAUUGAUUUUCAUAAAAUAUGGGCAUUUGGAGGUCAAAGGGUACACUGAUGCUGAUUGGGCUGGGAAUAUUACUGAUAGACGCUCUACAUCAGGGUACUUUACAUUUGUUGUAGGAAAUCUUGUGACUUGGAGGAGCAAGAAACAAAAUGUGGUUGCUAGGUCAAUAGUAGAGGCCGAAUAUCGUGGUAUGGCACAUGGGAUUUGUGAGUUAUUAUGGUUGAUGAUUCUUCUUACAGAGAUUAGGUUCAAGCCACGUGGAGCUAUGUUAUUGUAUUGUGAUAAUCAGGAUACGCGAGAAAUAGCUAAUGAUCCGGUUCAGCAUGAUCGUACAAAACAUGUUGAGGUGGAUAGACAUUUUAUCAAAGAAAAGUUGGAUGUCAACUUAGUUGAAAUUCCAUACGUAAGAUCUGAGGACUAG